ACAAGAUGGCGGCCCCCUUGGAGCUCAGUUGCUGGGGAGGUGGUUGGGGGCUCCCAUCGGUGCACAGCGAAUCCCUAGUGGUGAUGGCUUAUGCCAAAUUUUCUGGUGCACCCUUGAAAGUCACUGUGAUAGACAGCACCUGGAGAGGCUCAAGAGGUGAUGUACCAAUUUUGACAACUGAAGACAACAUUGUUUCUCAGCCUGCAAAAAUACUAAACUUUUUAAGAAAACAGAAAUAUAAUGCCGAUUAUGAACUCUCAGGAAAGCAAGGGGCAGAUACACUGGCUUACAUUGCUCUCCUUGAGGAGAAGCUUCUCCCUGCUGUGCUUCACACAUUCUGGGUUGAGAGUGACAAUUACUUUACUGUGACAAAGCCAUGGUUUGCUUCACGAAUUCCUUUUCCCUUGAGUUUAAUCUUGCCUGGAAGGAUGUCUAGGGGAGCACUGAACAGGAUUCUCCUGACAAGAGGAGAGCCUCCUCUCUAUCACAUCCAAGAAGUAGAAGCACAGAUAUACAGAGAUGCCAAGGAGUGCCUAAAUCUUCUGUCAAACAGAUUGGGAACAUCUCAGUUUUUCUUUGGAGAUACGCCUUCUACCUUGGAUGCCUAUGUGUUUGGUUUUCUUGCACCUCUUUAUAAAGUACGGUUUCCUAAAGUUCUGUUACAAGAACAUCUGAAACAGCUUUCCAACCUGUGUCGCUUUUGUGAUGAAAUUCUACACAGUUACUUUAGGCUUAGUCUUGGAGGCAUCUCUCCAGCUGGACAAGAAACAGUAGAUGCAAAUCUGCAGAAACUCACUCAACUUGUAAAUAAGGAAUCCAACUUGAUUGAAAAGAUGGAUGACAAUCUUCGCCAAAGCCCUCAGCUUCCUCCUCGGAAACUGCCAACACUCAAAUUGACUCCAGCAGAAGAAGACAGUACUUCCUUACACCGGCUAUCACCCUGACAGUCAAUGUAUUUUGUAGCCAAAGUCUUAUGAUUGUCACGGUAAUCUCAUGCUGAGGGUGUGAAGACAAAAAGAAAAUACCACUUCUAGGUAUAAGAAACACUCUAAAACAAAAGGAACUUUCUAUGACAUUUGUUUUUGUUUUGUUUAGCUUUGAACUAGGAAGCUUGUAUUCUAGCUUGGCGAUGCAUUUUAAAUAAAGGUGAAUGCUAAUGAAUGUGGGGGAGGGGGGAGAAAACACAUUGUACUGUAUACAUAUAUAAAAAAAAAAUCCUGCCUUAAUCUUGGCAGAUUUUUGCCUUUGGUUCACAUGUUAUAGACCAAAAGCUACAAUUUUGUUCUGAAUGUGCAUUCUUAACUUAUGCAAGUUGAUUUAUUUAGUUUAUUAACUUAGUUUUCUUAUACCUGUCUGAAUACAUAAUGUGUGGCUUUUUGGCUGAGACAUUUUCUAUUUAGAAAUCUGAUGCCUAUUUUAGGAACUAGGAAAAAUAAAUUAUUUCAAUAGAAAAGCUUGUAUUUAACUUUAAAAGCAACGAGGAAUGUGCUUUUUAAUUACGCUUUCAUAAGUCUGUAAUCUUUUGGGGGUUAGUACCACAUAUCUAAUUGUUAAAGGUGGUUACAUAGAAUACCCUUCUAAUGAUUUCCACUCAGAUAACAUUAGUAUUGCUGAUGUAUUCAGUAUAGAUUAGCAAGGGGGUUUUAGCUUGCUGGGCGAAUGUGGCAGCUUGAGACCUAUGUAUUUGUAGUACAUCUUUAACUAACUGUCUCAUUCUUGUAUUCAUACCAGAACUGAAUGUGGUAUCAUUGUUAUGUUAGGCUGCACAACCUUAUUGAAACUUGCCCAAUUAUGAGAUGCUACUCAGGAGGAGCCCAUGGCCAGGGUAAUAGAGAUACCUACUGUGCAUCUGGUCUGAGUUUUCCAUGCUUGACUAGGACCAGUAUUCUUUCAUAAGAAGCAUAUCAUGUAGUCACAGCUUUCUGAUGACCAGUUAUUUUCUGUGUAUUUUUACCACAGUUGAAGGAUCCAAAGGAAUAAAUCAGAAAUAGCAGAUAUUUAUGAGUAUUUUCUAUUUAUUGGCUGCUGAAUUGUUCAAGGAUUUGCUGUGUGGUAAUUUUACUUAUAAUAGAAACUUGCUUAUUUUAGUGGUUGAGGUGCUUCUGUUGUCCUAAAACCACUUCUGGGAUUUUUAGAAUACAGGACUAUGUUUUUGAUCAGUGUCUUAAAAGAUUAUUAUGGUGCUCAGCAAAUCUUACCGAGUCCUGCAGAAACCUAUCUGUUAAGAAAACAAGCUUUGUUGUCAAGAGACUCAGCUAAUUUGAGCUGGUGGAGCUCAGCUGUGUUUCGCUCUCAUCCUCCCAAUUUGUUCUGUAUUUAGGUAGCUAUUUACAUGAGAGUCUUUAAGUCAUCAUAAAUAGUUUUGAAAGUCUUAACUAAAUGAGAAACAAGGUAGUCUUCACAACCCUGUUCUUCUCUUUGGAUGCAUUUAGGGAAAGUACCUAAUGAGUUUUAUAUUUCUUCAACAGGAGGUUGUGUGUGUAUGUGUUUUGCCUCAUCUUUCAGGCAGUUUAUUAUUUCAGCAUUCUGAAACCUGUAUGAAUAUUUUAAAUUGAAAAUCAUGACCGUGAAGCUUUAUUGUCCUCUAGGAUUGAUGUAUAUGGGAGAAGGAUGGUUAGCACAUUAAUCAGACAUCUGUUUAUACUUUAGUCAGGGUUAGUCAUUUUCAAUUAUGAUUUAUAUUAAGCCUUCCAAAAAGCAUUUGAAGUGGCUUACAAUUGCAAAACACAUGUAAAACAGGACAAUUAGAAUUAGUUUUUGAAAAAAUAAAAAAUUUAUAGGAGAAAGAACUAUGUCAACACUAACUGAUUGUAAAAUUGAAUGGUAAAUCUAAUUUCCAGUUUCUCCAUGGGUGAAGUCAAAAGAUGUUACUGGGUUAGAUAAGUUCCUUUUUUUCAGUAAAACUACUAAUAUAUGUGAGGAACAAAAGUGCAUUUAACUAUGUAAAAGAAUAUGAGCGGUCAUUAUACAGUAUAUCAGUAUACAGACUUCAAGUAAAAAGUGUUCUGUAUUGUUUCAUGCAUUGACAUUUGAAUUAAAAGAGACCAUUUGUCCUUUUUAGUAGAGAGGAUGACUAUAAAGGUGAUUUGUUUGCCUUUUGGUUAUCCCUGCUUUGAACUACCAUUAGCUUUACAUUCUGUAGUCGUAUUGCUUUCCUGUGGUGAAAUGUGAUUUAGGUGAGUGGGAAUUUGUGUUAGGUCACUUACCUCAAGUGGCUUUGCAUAAUCAAAUGAGAUAAUAAGAAAGCUGUAGCUGAGCACGGAAUCAGGACCGACCACACGCAGGGGAAGCCCUCAGACAGAAGGCCAUGGUCACUGUCAGGAUGUUUUUUGGAUAAAGUUUUGAAUUUGCCAAGAAAAAUGGCACACAGCCUUAAACAAAAUACUAUGAACCAUUGUCUUUUAGAUGUGAUGAUGGAGGAUAAUAUGAAAAAAGGAAAUAUGCUUGUGUUUAUUUUUGCUAGUAAUACAGGAUUAGAAAUAAGGGUUCAAUAAUUCCUGUAAGAUGACAAUCCUCCAUCAACACACUGUUGUUAAUCAUCUGUAAAACUCUUUAAACAACACUAAAGAAACUGUAAUGAACAUAGAAGACAUUCAUUCCUUCACAACUGUUUUUGACCUCAUAAAAAGGUUGGCAAUAAUAAGUGCAUCAAAUUUCCAUUUAGGUGUGCUUGAAUUAUUUUGGAGGAACUAAAAGAUUCAAGAUUUUACAGAAGCGAGCAUGUUUAGUUCCAUUUGUAAUUUCUACCCUUUAUCAUGAAGGAACAGGGAGGCUCAUUUCAGUCAGAACCAUUAACAGUUUUAGAAGUCUGUAAAAAUGGGGAAAACUAACAUCGAAAAGGUAGACACUGAUAAUAAGGGUAUAUUAGAAAACCAAUUUGUUCAGGUAGCUUCAUGUGAUAUUUGAAUGUGAUACUGUGUUUCUUUAGAGGCUUCUCCAAAAAUACUCAUUUACUGGGCCUACUAGAUUUGGCGGGCAAUUUUUCCAUAAACUGUCAAGAAACUUAACCCUUACAAAACCAAUAUAUAAAUGCUUAAAUAUAGACAGGACUAG